AUGGCUGACGAUACAGCCAACACGGGCAUGGGCGCGUCAGCUGAUCAACGACAGUCUAUGUACCCAGCACCGCAGCAACUACGACCCGAUGAGAAUUCCCCAAACGCCGAUGACAACGACCGCAAUGUCUACAUCACGCAGGGAACGAAUUUGCCAGAUAUUGUUACGGGGUCCUCUCUGGACCUCGGCAGCGGCUCAACCCCAUUCCACGACAUCUUCCAUGGUGAUUUCAUUUACUCUUCGGACGUGAAUCGAAUCAUCACCGCUUUCUUCUGUAUCGACCAGGCCCACCGACACCAGUGGUCUCACCACGAGUCGGAGAACUUUCCCGAAGGACUAACCCAGGCAACAUGGCAAGACUUCAAGGAUUGA